CUCCAGCGACCAGGGAAGCGACUGCGGCUGCUACGCGAGCCGGCUGAGCGAGCGCUGUUGGCGGCUUUCACCCCCGGGGAAUGUCGGCCCGUGACGUCGGCCUCCUCUUCCUCCUCGGGUGUCGCACAGCAGCCAGAUGGGUGGAUCAAUGAGAAGGCUCGCAUCUCAUCUUGUUGAUGGCGUCGGCCUCGACAGACUCUCCUUGAAGUGGGCGUCUGGCUGCUAUCUCUCUAGGUCGGCAUUCACUCCCAGAUAGGCCCUAUCUCGUCUUGGCCGUCUACUCGAAGGUCAGCCGCCCGCCGUGUGAUUAGUCUGACCAACCCCUCCGCCCCCCACCCCCGCCUGUGUGAUGCACAAAGCCAGUGAGUCACAUUUGUCAACAGUGGCGACAUCUGACCAGCCCCCGCUAGGUUAAUGAGUGAUGAGGUCCUGGCCCCGGCUUACAAGCUCUGAGUGCGUCCACUGAAGCAUGAAGCAGGACAGCAGCAAUGGCGAUGUCAGGCCUCACCUGCAAACCUGAUGUUGCCUAAUCGCAAUGUGAGCUCCGGCCGAGGUCUUCUCCACACCGCUCCUCAGCCUAGCUCAGCAACCUAUCAAAUGCACACGGACAAUAAACUGGCCAAUCAUGGCGAGCAAGUCACCGGUGACGCAAGAGCUCAAAUGGCUGCCGUAAACCUGCAGGCUCAACAGCCGCAGCAGCAGGGAGCCGCUGGUCACCUGGCCCCCAAGAGCCGCCUCAGUGCCGGGGGCCAUGGAAUUAACAAGAGCGCCCCAGGGCUGAAGGCCGCCGGCCAAUCGUCGAGCAUCGUUGGAGGGAUGCUCAAAACCAAAAGCAAACGGGAGAGGAGCGUGUCUGUGGACUCUGGUGAACCAAGACACACUGCUACUAAAACCAUGGAGGAUGAUGCCAAAGCAGAGAGUGUCACGCGCAGUAAGCGCAGAUGUGUUCUGGAGAAGAAGCAGCCAUACAGUGGAGAUGAGUGGUGCUCUGGACCAGACACGGAGGACGACGACGACAAGCCACGCUCGACGACUCAACGGGAGCGAGGUCUGCCAGGACCCAGGCAGGGACAACCUGAUCAUCCACCUGCUGAGGCUGCCGCGUCUGAGCCUGUAAUGGCUUGUGCACCAGGACCUGGACUGAAGCCUGGACCGCCUUUGCCUCAGUCCAAGCAGCAGCUGUUGUAUGUCUUCACAACCAACAUGGCCAACAGUGCUGCGGAGGCAGUAAUGAAAGGGAAGAUGGAUUCCAUUCUUCAGUUCCACCAGCAAAAUGUCCCACGAAUUAAGUUAGACCAGGGCCACGCACUGGUGAGGAUCACUGAGAAGGUGAAUUCCAGUGCCUCUCCGCCCACAGGCACCCCUAAAUCCAAAAGUGGAACGCCACAGCCCAACUCGGCAGGAGGCGUUGUCUCCUCACUUGCAGUGAAAACGCCAAUGCCAGAGGGAGAUGGCAGAGCCACACCUUCAGGCCCUGGCUCGGGAACUGUACACUGUGAGGGUCUUCCUGUUGCUAGUCUCUCUCCAUCGGGGAGUCCUUCCAUUCUGUCUGCACAUUUACAGAGUGACACAGGACAGAGAAGUGGCCCCGGGAAUGAAGGCGGUCUUUCCAAGGAGCAGCUGGAACACAGGGAGCGUUCUUUGCAGACUCUGAGGGACAUCGAGAGACUAUUUCUACGUACUGGAGUAAGAGGGGGCCCUCAUGGUGACACGGGGGGCUCCAACAGUAACCUUACAAAUAAUGCUCCCAGCAUCAUAAACAACAGUAGUAGGGAUCGAGAUGCUAUUCUUGAGGAUGGCAAUAACGGUACAAACUCUGGGGAUGGCAGUAGCGAUAACAUGGCGCUGUCAGCGUUGGCCUCUCUGGGAACCAUGAAGAAAUUUGAAGAACCACUGCAGUCCAUAAUUUCUCAAACAGAGUCGCUCGGCACUGCCACUCACAGCCCUGAAAUGGACUCUCUCCAUAAUCUUGCCCAGCACCCUCAUCCUCAGCUGUCUUCACCUGGUUUAGACAUGGGCCCCUUACUUGGAACGGAGGGGCUAACCCAAGAACAAGUUGCGUGGCGGAAACUCCAGGAAGAGUACUACCUGGAGAAGAGGAGGCAACAGGAAAUACAAAAUCCCCAGCACUUUAGGAUGAUGACAGAGAUGGGCUUGCAUGGAGGUCCUAUGAUCAUCAGGGGACCGCCUCCCCCAUAUCACAGCAAGCCUGGAGAUCAACAGUGGGUUUCUGGAAAUACGAUGGGAGGAGGAAUUCCUGGAAAUGUACGAAUGACGGACAUGCACCAAGAAGGGCCUGGACGUCCACAAUUCCUUUCACAUGUGCAGAGAGGGCCACCAGGUGGAGCAGGGUUUCCUGGCAGUCCUGGGGGGCUGUUAUCUGUCGAUGGUCUAGGACACCAAAGGCCUACCAGGCCAGGGAUUUGGCUGGACAAUAUGCCCAACAACAUGGAUGGUGGAGGUUCAUUCCAUGGUUGCUACCCUCCUCAACACUUGCAGGAAAAACCAGAACAUCUUUUAACCCGUGAGGAAUUGUUUCGCAUCACGGAGAAGCGGCAGAUGCAAGGUCUUCCUCGGUUUGAACUCGAUCGGAUUAUUGCGCAGCAGCAACAGGGCAAUAUGGGCUCGAGAAUUAUGGAAAAUCCCGGGGGCCCAGACUUCUCCAAUUUUGGUACUAUGGGCAGGGGUCCACCUUCCAAUCAAGGGGAUCAUAUGGACUUUCCUGGUUCACGGGAUAUAAUGGGCUCUCCUGGAGGGGGACCUCAGAUUAGAGAUUUAAUGGACUCCCCUCUGGCGAGCAACCUUUCAAUCAACAUGAACCCACAGUUGAAUAUUCAGCAGCAGCAUAUGACUCUGUCACAAAAGCUCAGAAGGGACCCAGGAAGAGCAGGGCCUUUAAGUGAGUUUUUCAGUCCUGGAGUGAUAGCAAGAAUACGAGCAUCACAAAAUGAAAGAAGAAAUAUGGGAAUGGUCUCGGGACCUGAUGGACCCUUUCGUUUUCCAACACAAGGCCCUUUUUCUGGUGGACCAGGUGAAGGGCCCUAUCCUCAGCAGCCCGGCCCUGAGAUGUUCGGGCCUGAGCAGGAGGGUCAUAAUCAGAUAGGAGUUACGUCACGACUUAGUCAUAUGCCAAUCACUGGAGACCUCAGAGGAAUGGGUCCUGGUCCUCGGCAUCCUAGCGACCUAUCAGUCAAUGUUCAGUCACUGACUUCUCCUACGGUCCAGCAUCCUCAUCAUCUUAAUUCGCCAUCCCUUCACCGAGAGCCAUCCGCUCAUCUUACCUCUCCGUCUGCUCCAGGGCAGAAGUCUCCUUCGAUUAUCGCCCCUGAAGGCCCUCACCCCCCCCUCCGCCCUGCUUCUGGCGCAGGGACGCCAUGCUCUUCCUCCAUGAAAUCGCCUCAGAUAAUGGGGUCUUCUAACCACGACUUGCACUCCCCGUCUCUCUCACCUGGACGACUUAAGUCUCCAGCUAUGGCUAUGGGCUCUCCUGCGUGGAUGUCUCCAAAAAGAGAUCCUUCAAGUCCAGGUGGCCCAAACAGUGUGAGGGCUGCAGGCAACGGAGGAAGUCAUCCCGAGACAGGGCGGUCACUACCCCCUAGAAGUUCCAACUCCACCCCAAGUAGCCAACCAGGCUUGAUAAAUCCUAGCAUGACAUUUACAUCAUCGCCCGAUGCUCCACAAACACAGAAUCCUUUGUCGCUGAUCAUGUCUCAGAUGUCCAAGUACGCCCUGCCCAGUUCUACUCCCCUUUACCACGACGCAAUCAAGACAAUUGCAACUUCUGAUGAUGAGAUGUUGCCAGAUCGACCUCUUCUGCCUGGCGUCAGCAUUGGAGGAAACAUUGGGAACCUUCCGACAUCCCAGAUCUUGGUCUCCCAGAGUUCCAUCGGUGCCAAGAGUGAUUCCCAGAGCCCCGUGCGAAUCCCAAGCCAAGGUCAGCACCAACUAUCCCACGAUCCCUCGGAACCUGUGCUGUCUUCCCCAAACUCAAUGGGCCUUCCUCUUAUGAGUUCCACCAUGAUGGGAGGAGGAAGUGAUGACCUUGGUCCUUGCAAUAUUUCACCAAUGUCUCAAAACCAGAUGGCGGCUUUCCCUCGCAUGCACCCUUCGUCUCACAGCCAUAUGCGCUCACCCAUUGGCAGAAUGUCACAUAACUUCUCUCAGUCCGGAGAGGACAUUCUCUCACCUCAGCAGCUGCACCUGCUCGGGAAAGACCCCCACCAACGACACCCUCAUCCCUCAGAGUCCUUUCCGCCUCUUUCCAUGGGAGACGGCCCAGAUCUGAGCGAAGUAAUACGGCCCACCCACUCUGGGAUCCCCGAGUUUGACCUGUCCCGCAUCAUUCCUUCUGAUAAGCCCAGCAGCACUCUGCAGUAUUUCCCCAAGAGCGAACCACACCAGAAUCCAAACCAGGGCCCUGUGUCACAGCAGCCACCUCCCCAGCAGCUCCUCAAACACUUGUCAUCCUCUUGUCCUCCACACAUAUCAAUAUCCAACCCCCACUUGGCCAAUUUACAGAACAUGAUGGCCGAGCAGCAACUGCCGCCUAACCAGGGGCACAGCGGACUCGGCCAAAGCAUGGCCAUUCUCCACGGAAAUGCCAGGGGAAUGGUGCUCGGCACAGGCAUGGGCCCCAUGUGCCCAUCUGGGCACAUGUUGGCAAGGACAGGUAUGGUUCCACAGCAACAGCAAGCCAUGAUGGCCAACAGUCUUCUCCACCAUCCCUCCGGUCCGUACCCGGGAAUGAUGUCACCUCAGCAGCAACAGCACAAUUUGAUAGCGCGGCAGAACAUGAUGAUGAUGCAGGGCAAGCAACGCAAUAUGCCCAUUCCAGGAGACCCCUUCAGCCCCCAGGGUGCUUUAAUGUCCCCUCAGGGUCCCAUGAUGGCUCCAUCCCACGCACAGACUGGAUUGAUAGGACCCCAGACCCUCAGACAGCGGGGGAUGUCUCUGGACAGCCCCAUUGGCUACAGUCCUGGCAGUAUGGCCAACAUGCCUUUUUGAUCCACCGGACGCAGCCUGUACAAGUGUCUCGUUUACAUUACCACUGUAAUCCGUGUAUCAUUCAUUCUUUCCAUUUUAAUUGGCAUAUGAAAAUCAACGAAUAUAACUAACGAAAAAGUGACUCGUUAUUUUAGGGUUUUUUUUUUUUAUCUAACAGAAAACCAAACAGAUUUUUCAUAAUUCAAUUUUAGACUAAUCAAAAAUACAACAUUGAAAAAUGACCCACAUGACUGUUUGAUUUUUGAGUUCAGCACUGUUUCCUCCCACAUUCCAAAAACAUCCUUGGCAAUCCAAGCCUCUAAAAUGUCCAUAGGUGUGAAUGUGAGUGUGUAUGGUUGUCUAAAUGUGCCCUACGGAUUGUCUGGCGACCAGUUCAGGGUAUACCUCGCCUCUCGCCCAAAGUCAGCUAGGAUAUGCUCCAGCACACCUGCGAUCCUAGUGAGAAUCAGCGGUGUAGAUGGAUAAAUGGAUGGAUGGAUGGUUUAUGUGCCCGGAACGUCAAACAAGCAUUAUGAAAGGCACGUUGGCUUGUUAGCCGCCGCAGUCAGUCAAAUGAAACCUACUACUUACAAAAAGUUAAGGAUAUUGGGGUUUUUGGUGAAAUUUCAGGAUAAACCUAAAUUGCAGUACUGUGGAUCUAUGUUUCGGCAGCCGCGGAUUCACCUAUUUCCAGAUUUUGUUUUCAAUUUUCAAAUUUUUCUUUUUUUUUUUUGGAGGGGGGGGGGGGCAACCUCAAAAACGCUUAUUGGUGUUUUAUCCAUGAUUAUUCAAUAAUUUUUGGGGUUAAAAACAAGUUUGUUUGUUUUUUUUCCCCAAUGCAGUAAUAAUGGCCAUCAUGAAUGUGAGUGUGAAUGGUUGUGUGUUUAUAUCUGCCCUGCCAUUGGCUGGCGACCAGUUCAGUUCAGGCUAGUUACCACAUUCCCAACUAACCCGAACCCUAUUUCAAUCAUAUUCUGUCUUGUGGCCCAUUUUUCAAUUUUAUAUUUUUGAACCAACCCUAAAAUUUGAAUGUGAAAAAUCAGGGUGGUUGUUUGUUUUUAUUUUUUAUUUUUUUGCAUAUUUUUGUCACAAAACAAAAUAAUCAGUCACUUUUGAUUUUUGAUUGCCAUUUGAAAAUGAAAAGAACAAAUUAUGCAGGGAUUAGGGUUUCCAUGCAUUUUUAUUUUAUUUUAUUUUUUUAAAUUCUUGCUUGUCUUUUUUGGGAGAAGAGAAAUUAGAAACAUCAGUAACAAGCAACCCGUGACAGAUUGCUACUGAUUUCUACAUUGAAAUAUUUAAGAGCACUGUAAAAUGGUUAUAUCAAAAAUCUGGAGUGCUUUCCAAAUACACACACACACACACAUACAUAUUUCCAAGAUGUGUUUGUGAGGAAUCACAUGGCAGUUCAGAGUGGUGCCUAGAAUUUAUAUUUGUUUUUCCUUGAUUUUAUUUCUCCUGCUACCAAAACUGUUGCGUAAAGGAAUUCUAUAUAUAAAAAAAAAUAAUAUAUACCUGCUGUACAUAGGAUGCAAUUUGUGAUUGUUUGCACUCUCAUUCUGUAUAACUGUGUUUUAAUAGAAGUCUAAAAGAAAUGGAAGCGUGAUAAUCUCUAUGGUGGGUUUUACUUGGGACGGAGAGUGCUGUUUGAUGAACACAGACGACGGGACACGGUUGCAGUCAAAUAAAUGAAAGCCUUAAAAACUCUUGGUGUGAAGACUGUCAUCCUGGCCAACAGCCAAAGAAUGAACUAUUUGAAACAAAUGUAAACCUGUACAAUUGAAUGACAUCAUGUAAAAAAAAUUUUUUAAACAAAAUAAAUAGAAGGCAGAUUUUGA